AUACUUCUCUCUUUCUUUCUUCUUGAUCACUUCUCUCUGCAAAACCCUAACAACUUAGAAUCUUUGGAUCCUCUUCACAUGGGCUCUAUACCAUUCAUCUUCAUCAUUCUUCUUUUUCAUGUACAUAAAUCCAAAUCUCAGACGAUUGAAUCAGCACAUUUUCUUGAUCUUAUGAUUAGAGAUUACACCAUUAGAAACUUCAACAUUCAUUUCAAGACAGGCGCGAUCCAGAAAAUCCAUCUUCCUUCGAACUUCUCCUCCAUUGAUAUCGCCACGGCUAAGUUUAGAUGUGGGAGUUUGAGAAGACACGGUGCAAGAAUCGGUGAGUUUCACUUAGGUCCGGGCUUGACGGUGGAGCCAUGUGUUGAGAGAGUGAUUCUGGUGAGACAGAACUUGGGUUUUAAUUGGUCUUCUUAUAUUUACUCUACUGGUUAUAACUUAACCGGUUACAAUUAUCGGCUCGUGUCUCCAGUUCUCGGUUUAUUGGCUUACAAUUCUAACCCGGAUGGUGUGGCUGUGAAUCCUUAUGAGAUUAACGUAAUAGGCACGGAACAAAACCCUAUUUUGAUCAAGUUCUUGAGUGGUAGCCCUAAACCUAAUACGAAGAAGAACUCAUCUCUCUUGUGUGCUUGCUUCACAAGUAAUGGUAACAUAACGUUUAGAGAGCAAGUUUCAGCCUACGUUUGCUUGGGAACAAGACAAGGGCAUUACGCGCUGGUUAUUAGAGCUCAUGAUAGUAGUGUUGGUGGUAGUACGGUGGUAACGCCGCCGUCAUCUCCUGCGGUGAAUGACGGUGGCGGAGGGAAAUUGAGCCGGUGGAAAGUGGCGGUUGGGAGUGUGAUUGGGUCAAUGAUUGGAGCGUUUCUGUUAGGGUUAUUGGUGGUGGCGAUGGUAGUGAAAGGGAAGAAGAAAGCGAUGAGAGAGGAGAUGGAGAGGAGAGCUUAUGAAGAAGAAGCACUUCAGGUUUCAAUGGUGGGUCAUGUUAGAGCUAAUCCUAAUGCUUCGAGAACAAGAACGGUUCCAAGAUUUGACAAUACUAGGUACAGUAACAAGUAACAACAAACUUAAAUUAGGUAGAUCGUCUUUCUUGAUAUAAUGUUUUCCAUUUUUAGUGUUCAUUGAACUCUUUUUUUUUUUUUUUCUAUUUAUGUUGGACUGUAACUUGAAAGAUCUUCAUCAUUUAGGAGACAUAAUAUAUGGAAUUAACUGUA